GAUGAUGGCGCAGAAAAUGAAAUACAUAUAAAAAUCCCAAUUUUCCGCUUUAUUCAAAAGACAUCCUCAUCAAGAUUUAAUUCCUCUAAAUCUAAAUAAAGGAUAUACAUAUAUAGACAUACUUAUAUAUAUAAGCAACAAUUAUGAAGCUUCAAUAUCUUCUUCUCUUUGCAUUAUUCACGAUUUUUUCGUUACAAGUUCAAGCUAACGGAGAUUAUGGUGAUUCCGAACAAUGGGAACACGAUUUUCCUGAUACUUGUCAAGAACUUUUCAAGACUAAACAUUGUAAUAAAUGUCAAUCGUUAAUGUGGAAUCAUUUCAAAAAUCCCGGUCAAUGUGCUACUGCUUUCAAUUUUGGUCGUGAUAUUUUUGAAGUUAUAAAAGAUUCCGGUGAAAAACCAAAACCUUAUGACGUUACUUUCAUUAAGAAAGGCUUAAAUAAAUAUUGCCAUGAAGGUUUCCAUUGUAGCCAAAAUAAAGUUGAGAAGAUUUAUAAUAAUAUACAAAAAGUCUGUAAACAUGAAUUAAGUGUUAAACUUGAUUGGAGUGAUCAUCCUGAAAAUAUUAAAGAUAUUACCUCUUACGCUGCUUAUGGUACUUUGCUAACUUAUUACACUGGAAUUCCUGCUCGCAAAGCUCUUUGUACUAAAAACAAUCAUGGUGAUUUCUGCAGUUUUGAAUUCAUUAAGAAACUCACUAAAUGGAUGAAGAAGAAAACAAACGCUGAUCCAAAGGCUAUUAUAACCCAUGACCUUAGAUUCGUUAUCAAAGGAGAUGGAAAGAAAAUUCGUAUUCCAAAAUCAUUCUUUUGCGAUCCAUGCUGGAGAAAGAUGGCUCACAUCUAUGGUGAUUAUAUCGAAGAUCAUAGAUUGAAGAAAUCUAUCGAAAAGAAUAUUUGGGGAUCUUCUCAUGACUUAAAAGAAUUGUAUCUCCCACAUUGUACUUAUCAUAAACGUGGUUUAGGUGAAAUUUUGAAAGUUAGAAGUGAUUCUAAAUUAAGCGAACGUAGUGCAAAUCCUGUUUUUGGCGUUUUAAGUCAUCGCAUGAAUAAAUUUCAUUCUUUAGCGAUUUAAAAAAUCUUUUUUUUUUUAGAUAAAUAAUCUAUAUAGAUAAUAGAAAUGCCUAUUAUAAGAUUAUGAUUUUGAUUAUUUUUUAGAUUCUUUUUAGAUCUAAUUAUUUUACUUAAUUAUUUAUAAGCUUUAUUAAUAAGUUUUUUAUCAUUUAAAUCUUUCCUUUUUGUUCAAUUGCCUAUAUUUUCAAUAUGUUCUACUUAAAAUAACAUGCAUAUUAAAUAAAU